AUGGGUGAUUAUUUAAAAACAGGAUCAAUAAAUUAUGACUUAGAAAUAUUAAAAAAAAAACCAGAAAAGAAAUUAUCGCUUGACAAGCAAAAUCUAUACCUUCAAGGAUAUGGUAGACAGUGGGGGGAAAAAUUAGUUUACAGUGUCGGAUUGGCAUAUGGCUCAGGCCUAUUGCUAGGCGGUAGUUGUGGACUAAUUAGUGGAAUUAUGAAAGGAGGGAAAACAAGAAAACUUUUUUUAAACUCAGUUUUGAAUUCCACGUCUGUUAUAGGACCAAGUGUUGCCAACCAAAUGGCUUCAUUGACUAUGAUAUUUUAUGCCUUAAAUAAUAUUGUAAAAUUAUUUACAAAAAAUGAUGAAGUUUACAAUUCUUCCAUAGCUGGAUUUCUCGCAGGAAGUAUAUAUAAAAGUGCAUCAAAUUAUAAAAUAAUAGGUAGUUACUCAAUUUUAUCAUCCGCAGUUUUUUCCUUUAUAGACUAUGGCUUUAAAAGGGGCUAUAUUUAA